GAAGUAUCUCGCCUUUUACCCUUUAGAGGCGUUUCUGUCAUAUCUACACAUGUCCAACGUGAUUUUACGGUUAAAGUGUCCUUUGCAUCGGACAUAGUGACCACCACAUUGCUACUCUGUCGCGGACUCCGCUUUCUGCAAACAAUGUCGGACUCCAUCAAAAAUGUCGCGAUAUUUGGAGCCACGGGGAUGACCGGGCUGGCGACCCUGCCGCAGGCUGUGGCUGCAGGGUACAAUGUGACGGUGCUGGUUCGGGACCCCGCCAAGCUGCCUGCUGACCACAAGGCGUCCAGAGUGGUGGUGGGAGAUGUUCUUAAUAAAGAGGAUGUGAAAAAGACCUUGGAGGGCCAGGACGCUGUUAUCAUCAUCCUGGGCACCAGGAACGACCUGAGCCCGACCACCAUGAUGUCUGAGGGCACCAAGAACAUCGUUGAAGCCAUGAAGGCUCGUGGGAUCCGUAAAGUCAUCGGCUGCAUGUCAGCCUUUCUGCUGUGGGAUCGCGCCAAAGUCCCAGAACGUUUGAUUCCUGUGACAGAGGACCACGACAGGAUGUACACAGUGCUGAAAACAUCGGGGCUGGAUUAUGUGGCUGUGAUGCCACCUCACAUUGAGGACGAUCUUCCUCUGACAGGGACUUAUAUGACAGCAGAGAACAUGCUUAGAGGAAGCUCAAUCUCCAAACAUGACCUCGGACAUUUCUUUGUCAAGUGUCUGUCCACCACAGAGUGGGACGGGAAGACAGUUGGUGUGUGGGGAGAGUACAAAAAAACCUGAAGAGCACACUGCUGACACCCUCUGGACAGUGGAGGUUGCUGUGUUUCUUCCUGUUACUCUUUGCCGUUUUUUCCCACCAAAACAUAGAGGAGAAAAAAAUAUUAGUUCAUGCUGAGACUUGGAGAUUAAAAAGUAGUCUGUGAAGAUUUAAACUGCUGAAAUUUGGUUGUGAGCACAUGCUUAUGCUUUCUUUUGUCUGCCUAUAUUUUACAACCAACCAGCUUCUGCUUGGCAUCAUUACAUUUUUCAUACUUAUUUCAGUUUUAUCAUCAGCAACUAGAGAAACAUUUUGAAAUAAGUGCCAAACCUGUGCUAAUAGCAUUUGAAUUUAAAUCACAGCUGUCUUAACAUUUACAUAUUGAAUGUUUAAUAUCGUUUGAUGGCCUCUUUUACUGCGCUGAUUUAAAUUAGGAUUGUAUUUUCUAGCUGUUGAAAAUAAAAUAUUUUAUUUAAAAAAAA